AGCUGCACGUAACACUUAGCGCCGUCUCCUCUCCUCAUGUUUGGCCUAGGUAAUCCCUCGAAUCAGAAAGCCACAGCAAAUAUAACGAACUAAUCACUUACCUUGUAUAAGCGCAAUAUUGUAUCUCUUUCUGGUUUCGGGUGUUACUUGCAUGCUACUCCGCUUUCCCCUCCCAUAGCCGGGGCCGACAACACCAAAGUAUUCGAACUAUAAUGUAAUGGGUAUAUCCUAGAAAAGUUGCUUUUUUAGGUCGUGGGCCAUGUGGGUAUCUUUAUAGACUUGGUACAGCUCGUCUACUAGGCUCUAGCCAGUCGUCUCUCAAGGAUUUCAAAUUACUAGCUUCAAGUGUAUACCUAGAUAAGUAUGAAUGCAGCUCUUGCUUCCGAAUCAUCUCCGCGCCGGGAUCCGGGCUUUUCCCCGUUUCUAAAUCUUCGUUACGUCAAAACCUCCGAAUCUUAGAAUCGUUAUAAGAUCUGAACCUACCCGGCAAAUUCUUUACCCCGCAGAGCCAGUACCAAGCUGAAGAUUUAUAAAUAUAACUCCUAUAUAAACCGUCAGAUCCUUUUGUUAAAGCAUAAACCGUCGGUAUAUAGUUGCUACCUAUCAUCAUAGGUAUUUGAACUAGCCAAAACUGGACAUAUUUAACAUGAGCGACGCACCCGUAGCUGAGACGGGUCUCAGCCCCAAACUUCAGGACCCCAAAGCCGAUCCUCAAUAUAUUCAGUUCAAGUGCUUACCAGCGGGCGGUCCCUUAAAUCGAUGGUCUAAUGCGAUCACAAGGGAACAUGACUUCCCUGGUGCCCAAGCUAUGCUAUACGGCGCCGGUGUGCCGAAUGAAGAGAUCAUGAAGAAUGCUCCUCAAGUUGGAAUUGCAACGGUCUGGUGGGAAGGAAACCCUAUAGUCCUCGAUUUCGGGAAAAUCGUGAAGAGAGCGGUAGAGAAGCAGAAUAUGUUAGCAUGGCAGUAUAACACUAUAGGUGUAUCAGAUGCUAUUACCAUGGGGGGCGAAGGAAUGAGAUUUUCGCUUCAAACACGCGACCUCAUUGCCGAUAGCAUAGAAACCGUUACCUGUGCGCAGCACCAUGAUGCCAAUAUCGCAAUUCCCGGUUGUGAUAAGAACAUGCCGGGUGUUAUCAUGGCGGCAGCACGCCAUAAUCGCCCUUUCAUCAUGAUUUAUGGCGGAACUAUUCGAAAGGGUUAUUCGGAAUUAUUGGAACGUGACGUGAAUGUGAGCACUUGCUAUGAAGCUUCAGGGGCAUUUGCGUAUGGCCGGCUUCAGGCCAAGACGAACCCUGGUGCCGUAGGCCGAACUCCAAGUGACGUGCUGUCCGAUAUCGAACGCCAUUCGUGCCCCGGUGCAGGUGCAUGCGGUGGAAUGUACACUGCCAAUACGAUGGCAACGGCUAUAGAAGCCAUGGGUCUCACUCUUCCCGGGUCGUCGUCUUAUCCUGCUCUAUCCCCGGAAAAGGCUCGCGAGUGCGAACGCGCCGCCGAGGUCAUUAAAAUCACUAUGGAGAAAGAUAUUCGUCCGCGAGACUUGUUGACUAAGGAAUCGUUCGAAAACGCGCUGGUCCUUACUAUGAUACUGGGAGGUUCUACUAACGGAGUUUUGCACUUCUUAGCUAUGGCGAACACAGCUGAAGUACCGCUCACUCUGGACGAUAUCGAUAGGGUCAGCAAUAAGACGCCCUUCCUCGCGGAUCUAGCCCCGAGUGGAAAGUACUUGAUGGAAGACUUGUAUAAGAUUGGCGGCACUCCGUCCGUGUUGAAGAUGCUAAUAGCGGCCGGUCUAAUCAACGGCAAUAUCCCAACCGUAACGGGCCGUACACUUGCGGAGAACGUCGCCGAUUGGCCUAGCUUACCGCCUGACCAGAAGAUCAUUCGCCCUCUCUCGGACCCUAUCAAAGAGACAGGCCAUAUUCGGAUCCUGCGAGGGAAUUUUGCACCAGAAGGUGCCGUUGCUAAAAUCACUGGUAAAGAGGGUCUGAGCUUUACUGGUAAAGCUCGAGUGUUUAACAAGGAGCAUGAGCUCGACGAUGCCCUAACGCGCGGCGAGAUCCCGCGCGAUGAGAAUUUAGUUCUCAUAGUUCGUUACGAAGGGCCGCGUGGAGGUCCCGGUAUGCCUGAGCAACUGAAGGCAUCCGCAGCUAUUAUGGGCGCGGGAUUAAAGAACAUCGCUCUUGUUACGGACGGUAGAUAUAGUGGCGCUAGCCAUGGUUUCAUUGUCGGCCACGUAACUCCAGAAGCAGCAAGAGGCGGACCUAUCGCAUUAGUUCGAGAUGGAGAUACGAUCGUUAUUGAUGCGGUUAAGAAUCGAAUCGACAUAACCAAUGUGAGCGAGGAAGAGCUGAAAGAGAGGAGGAAAUCAUGGAAGGCUCCUCCCCCGAGAGCUAGGAGGGGUGUGUUGGCCAAGUAUGCGAGACUGGUCGGUGAUGCCAGUCACGGUGCUGUUACAGACCAAUGGGACCCAGAGGAUUAAGUAUUACCACACCGAUGAAGACAUUCAGCCAUUCGUAGAACUCUGGAUAAAUAUGAAGAGGUACUUCAGUAGUGUAUGUCAUAUUUGUGUUAUCGAAUGUCCUGCUAUGUGUUGAGAUAUUGCAACUAGGUAGAACCAACCGAAAAGAAAUAUCGUGUAAGAAGUAACAAAGGUACCUAUGUAAAGAUAACUAGAGCGAGUUCUAUAAGAUAUUUUGAUUAGGUACGGAUUAGUUAUUAG